GCGAGCAGUGAGGUUUCCGGUGGUCUUGCGGACGAACUUAGCUUCCAAAUUGCAGCAUGUUGCGCUCCUCACAGAUGAAGCAGGCGCUUGCCAAGGCAAUGGCCCGUCCGGCUGCCACGCGCGGAUUUGCCGUACGCAGCUCGACGCCUCUGGCCGGUGUCGAGACGUCGGCGCUUACGUCCAAGUACACGAUUGUUGACCACGAAUACGACGCCGUGGUCGUGGGUGCCGGUGGUGCCGGCCUGCGUGCGGCCAUGGGCUGUGCCGAGGCUGGCCUAAAGACGGCAUGUAUCUCGAAGCUUUUCCCGACGCGUUCGCACACGGUGGCCGCCCAGGGAGGCAUUAACGCCGCUCUUGGCAACAUGUCGGAGGACGAUUGGAGGUGGCAUAUGUACGACACCGUUAAGGGAAGUGAUUGGCUCGGAGACCAGGACGCUAUCCACUACAUGUGCAGAGAGGCUCCUGAGGCCGUGCGCGAGCUGGAGGACUUUGGCCUGCCGUUCUCCCGUACGGAGGAGGGCAAGAUCUACCAGCGUCCUUUCGGUGGCCAGAGUCACGCCAUGCUGCACACGCUGUACGGCCGCUCGCUGGCCUUCGACACUUCGUACUUUAUCGAGUACUUCGCUCUGGAUCUCAUCAUGAAUGACGCUGGCGAGUGCGUGGGUGUCAUGGCCUUCAACAUGGAGGACGGCACAUUCCAUCGCUUCCACACUAACAACACGGUGCUGGCUACGGGUGGCUACGGCCGUGCCUACUUCUCGUGCACGUCGGCCCACACGUGCACGGGUGACGGUACCGGCAUGGCUCUGCGUGCCGGCAUCCCCCUGCAGGACCCCGAGUUUGUGCAGUUCCACCCUACCGGUAUCUACGGUGCCGGCUGUCUCAUCACCGAAGGAUCGCGUGGUGAGGGCGGUAUCCUGCGUAACUCGGAGGGUGAACGCUUCAUGGAGCGUUACGCCCCCACGGCCAAGGAUCUGGCCUCGCGUGACGUCGUGUCGCGUGCCAUGACCAUGGAGAUCCGUGAGGGCCGUGGUGUCGGUAAGAACCAGGACCACAUCUUCCUACACCUGGACCACCUACCGCCUGAGCUGCUGCAGGAGCGUCUGCCCGGUAUUUCGGAGACUGCCGCUAUUUUUGCUGGCGUGGAUGUGACCAAGGAGCCGAUCCCGGUGCUACCGACCGUGCACUACAACAUGGGCGGUAUCGCUACCAACCACAUGGGCGAAGUGGUGGUGCCGGACGUGGACGGCAUGCCGGAGCCCGGUAAGCUGUACCCGGACAAGAUCGUGCCCGGUCUGUUCGCUGCCGGUGAGGCUGCCUGCGCUUCGGUGCACGGUGCCAACCGUCUAGGAGCCAACUCGCUGCUGGAUCUGGUGGUCUUCGGCCGUGCUUGUGCUCUACGUAUUGCCGAGCUGACGAAGCCCGGCGAGAAGAAGCGCCCGAUGCCGAAGGACGGUGGCCUGAAGGCUAUCGAGGACGUGGACAAGCUGCGCUACGCUGACGGCAGCAUCUCGACGGCUGAGCUGCGUGACGAGAUGCAGAGAACCAUGCAGGUGGACGCUGCUGUGUACCGUACGCAGGAGUCGCUAGAGGCCGGUAAGGACAAGAUCGACGAGGUGGUGCCGAAGUUUAACGACAUCAAGGUGACGGACCGGUCGCUCAUCUGGAACACGGACCUGACGGAGACGCUGGAGCUGCGUAACCUGCUGGCCUGCGCGUCCUGCACCAUGCACGGCGCUGAGGCUCGUAAGGAAUCUCGUGGUGCCCACGCCCGUGAGGAUUUCACGGAGCGUGACGACGUCAACUGGAUGAAGCACACGGUCGCCUACCACGACGAGGAAGGCAAGACGCACAUUGGCUACCGCUCCGUGCAGGACCAGACGCUGGACGAGAAUGAAUGCAAGCACGUCCCGCCCUUCGCGCGUGUCUACUAAGCCUUGGUCGGCGUACUAGCUCCAUGGAGUACGGGAUGAGACGUAUUUUACCAUGAAACUCGUAACGAAAACCAAGAAAAUAAACGUCACAAUUACUAAAAAA